UUGCAUCCGAUAAUAAACAUUGCAUUUAUAUAGUUGCUCAAGCGCGGACAUUCUUGAGUGACAGAGCACAAACCCGGGAAAUAUAUAUAUCAUCUGCUCAAACUUUUGCGAAAUAAUCAAGUAGUCAGAGCAUAGCAACAAACACAUAAAUGAAGCUACUGGGACAAUUAUGUAUUUUAAUGGUUUGCUUCUUUCUGUACCUAACUUUUGGUGCCAUUGUGUUUCAUCUUUUGGAAAGCUCUAACGAAACCAAAGUAAGAGGGCAGCUAUUGCAAUUCUUUCAAGAUUUCAAGAUCAAACAUAAGUGCAUUGACAAUGGAGAGUUAAAGGACUUAGUUUUAGAAGUGAUCAGAGCGACAGAAAAUGGCGUCUUCCGGGAUAUGAAAUAUGAAAAAGUGAAUAACACCAAUAUAAAACCUUCAGAAUACCAACAAUGGGAUAUUUUUAACUCUUUCUUCUUCUCGUCAACAGUUAUCACAACAAUUGGCUAUGGCAACCUAUGUCCUAAAACGAUUGGCGGGAGAACGUUUUGCAUCGUAUACGCCCUCAUCGGGAUUCCGCUCACUGGGUGGCUGCUUAACGUCAUCGGCAAAUACUUCGUCGAGAGUUGGAAAUCUUUGGUCAAUCGUAUUAUCUCAAAAUGUUCAAUGCUAUCGAACGUACGUGUGCGGAAAAUUGCUGUGUAUCUCACUGUUGGGUGCCUAAUGUAUACCCUUACAAUAAUCAUCCCUUCAUUAAUAUUCAUGGUCAUUGAGAAUUGGUCGUUUUUCGAUUCACAGUAUUUCUGCUUAAUUUCAUUGACUACCAUAGGAUUCGGCGAAUACGUCAUUAGUAAUAAUCCUGAUAUGUCGGUGGCGGUCAGAGCGAUAUACAAGAUCUUGGCAGUUGUCUACCUAGUUUUUGGUCUGAGUGUGUUGAUGAUAACAUUAAAAGUUAUCGGCGAUAUGGAAACAAAAAAUGCAAGGACAUUCGGGAGCCUCUCGCAGAAAUUAAAAAGACAGGUUCUUAGCGCUAGUGAUAAAUUUAGAUUCUUGAACGGCAACCGAGGAUCGCAAGGAAACGGUUGCGGUGAAAACGAAGCGUUACCUACAGCAUUCAGAUCAACGAUAUACAAUUCAGAACCUGAAACUAUGGCUACUACAGAGCAUGUGUAAAUGAUAACGUGAUAGACAUUUUCGUUUAUUUAUUUAUAAGAGUGGGAAUGAUAUUGCGAGUGAGAGUGUAAUACAUGAUUAUAAAAGCAGUUGCGGCACCCGGGGUAAACCACGCACACCAAUCUGCGAAGCCAAUACUUUCGUCGGGAGCACUGUACAUCGUCGUUGUUCCAAUAUGGUCAAGUACAAGGGUCCAGCCAGUCGACAGGGAUAUCCGACCAUCGAGCCCAGCUGUAGGGAAAUUCCAGUAUAUCUAAUUUGGGGAAUUCGGUUUUUUUUCCCUUUUUUUUUUUUAUAUAUAUAAAACGUGAUAGGCUCGGCAACUUGACCUCUGAUGAUGUGCCUAAAAUUUAUUACAAACACGUAAACUUAACAAUGAGCGAUUAUUAUUAUUGAGUAUUUUUCCUAUUCUUCCUUCAUUCUCUUCAUUUUAUAUUUGUACACUAAAUCAAGUUGUCCCUCCCCAUUAUUAUACAUCGACCGGAAAUCUACCGACAGCUAUGAUUAUCUUUAGUGGCGAAUUUAGGGGGUGGGCCGGCCCCGCCCCCUCUUUUUGAAAGUAAAAAAAAAAAUUAAAAGAAAAAAAAAUAUAGUUGAUCGCCCAAAACGCCCCAGAUGUUAUAUUCGGGCGUCCAGAAAACACGAAUUUCGCGGGACAUGCCCCUGGACUCACUACGGUAGUGUUUUCUCGUGCGGCCUCACUUUCGGCUUUCCUUUCGGACAUCUCUGGAUCCCCCUGAUCUUGUACGCCCUCGAUGAGUAUCCCACCGCAAUGGUUUGACCAUGAUGUGGGCCCUGUCAGGGACCUUGUACCUAGGAGGUCGGGGAAUCACUGGCGCUGCCAAUGCUAUAACUGAGAACUAUUUGUUUUUACAAGUAGGUUUACUUUUUGAAGUAUUUCAGUAUUCACAUAAUUUUUGACGAACAAUUUAUUGGCAUUAAGCUUUUAAAAUAUUGUAUAUACUACAAACUACCCGUUUUACAAAUAGGAUCAUAUUUUUAGGUGUUUUGGUGUUAAUUACGUAACACAAAAUGCAAACAUGAAAGAUAUGAAAGAUUAUGUAGAGAGGAAGAAUAUUCGAAAAAGCAAAUAAGGGACGCAAUAAAGAUCCGCGCACCCAGAAUCCAGACAACCAUAGGGACCGGACAGACCUGGUUAUAUCAGGCGUGUUGCUGUCACAUAUGAUCGUUCCACUCGGAGAGGGGAUUCAAUUUAGGAGUUGGUGUCAUACCGGAAGAGGAUAACGAACAUGUCAUAGAAAAAAUACAAACGUGCAAAAACGGAAAUAUUAUUACUUAUCAUGAAGACUUACCACCGCAGAUAUAAUCAAGAAGCCGAGUGUCAUGGACGUAUGGAAAUGCGUAAUCUGUUCAUCAAUGGAAAGAUAACUAUAAGGGAAAUUAAUUAUCCGCCAAAACUGUUUUUGAAGGUCCUAAUUGAAUUUUCACCAUGAUUUACAAACUAGUCAAUUAACUUGCAUCAUUGACUUUGAUGUAGAAUUUUCCAUAAUUGUAU